AUGAUCAGCAUGUGGGCAGUGGUGGAGCAUGUGAGGGUGGCAAGCGGUGCCGCGGAGCUGGCCAUCUUCACCGCGAUCCUCUACUGGUUCUUUACGUCCAGCCGGGUCGCCGAUAUGCUGGAAGUGGUGGGCGAACGUGUAGGAGGGUGGUGUGGUCGAGACUCUGGCUCCCUGCGGCAGGCGGUCCGCGCUAGACGACGGCACCAUAACGACGUCUACUCAAAGCUGGACAGUGAGAUUGCUACUCGGACAUCAUCCCUGUACCGAGUGAAGGAGGGUCCCGUGGUCCCGGCGCCGCAGCCACCGCGACGUCCCCCCGCCGGACUUGCAUGUGCACGCUGUGCGCCGAUGUCUAGGGAAUCCUGGCAUGACCCGAAGUCAACAGAGUCUGGCUCCGUGAUCAACAUCCUGGACAUUGGUCGUCAGAACUUCGCAAACGGCGGUGUCGUCUCGCGCUACCUCUGCGAUCUGGCACAAUGUCUCAACCUCGUCAAGUACGACUACAAAGAUGUAGUGCCUAGCGUAGUUAAUGACGAGCGUUUCCAAAGCGCCAUUGAAGACACGACGCGGGAGGAGCUCGAAAAAGCAAAGAGGGAAAAGAAGGAUGACGACGUCCAGGAUGAACGGAUUUAUGCGGAAACUAGGCGACGAGUGGAGGCGCGAGCCAUGAAAGUCUUGAUGAAUAUCAGCUCUGCUAUGUCCAAUAAUGUACUCAGACUAGUGGCAUGGCUCUGUCAUAAGGCGAUCCGCCGUAUCGCCGGUGGUGGCUGCAGUACACGAUCUGAGUGUGUGGAGAGACUCCGUAGGGCCAAGGCGGCCGGUCUGCCGCUGGUCUUCGUACCCUUGCAUCGUUCCCACUUCGAUUACAUCCUGGUCACGUUCACGCUGUAUUUGACAGGCCUGAGGCCGCCCUUGGUCGCGGCCGGGGAUAAUAUGAAGAUACCAUUUUUUGGAUGGAUCCUGCGCGGCUGCGGUGCCUUCUACAUCAGGCGACGUAUCGACGGCUCUGAGUACCACGGGGAUCCCAUAUACAAAUCUGCUCUGAGAGCAUACAUCCUCAACAGUCUGGGCGUGAACAACAAUUUGGAGUUUUUCAUAGAAGGUGGACGCACAAGAACAGGAAAGCCACAGCCGCCGAAAGCCGGCAUCCUGUCGGUGAUAAUGGACGCUUACCUCGAGGGUACGAUCGACGACGCGUUACUAGUGCCGGUGACUCUCAACUACGAACGGCUGGUGGACGGCAGCUUCGUGCGGGAACAGUUGGGGGUGCCCAAGCAGAUGGAGACCUUCUGGUCCGCACUACGCGGCAUCUGGCGUACACUUAACACCGAUCACGGUGGAAUACGCGUCGACUUCAACCAGCCUAUCUCGCUCAAAGAGUUGGUGACAUCGUUCCAGAAAUACAACUAUCUGAAGGCGCCUAUAGAACGGUGCCUCAGUCCACCUAACAACAACCUGGCUGUUAAUCUAGAUCGUCAGAUUCUCUACAACCAUAGCCACUCCAGUUUGUAUGGAUCGGACGUGAGCACAGACCAUAAGAUGAUGGUGGAGGCCAUCGGAAGACAUCUUGUCUAUGACGCGGCGCAGUCGACCGCGCUGAUGAGCACGAACGUGGUGUCGUACGUGCUGCUGGCCGAGCAGCGCGCCGGCUGCUCCCUGCAGCGGCUGCAGCGCUGCGUGGCCGCGCGAGCUGCGGCGCUCAGUGCGGCCGGACGCGACCUCGGCUACAGCGCUGACACCGCUGCACUGCUCGCACACGCUCUGGACAUGCUAGGCAGCGCACUCGUACGUCGGGAAGGUCGACAACGAGAUCAAAUUCGCGCGCAGCCAUCUUUAGCCGCGGCAUUAGAACUUUCCUACUACGCCAACGCACUCGUCGCUCACUAUGCCGCUAACGCCAUUCUAGCAACCGCUUUAGAGAGCAUAAUUUGCCAGCAGAGCCGCGACGAAGAUACAAUCCGUCACACUGAUCUCAUAGAAGCAUCCCUCCAGUUGUGCGAAAUAUUGAGUCAAGAAUUCAUUCUGUGCCCACCGUGCCACCGUAUUGAAGAGAGGAUGUUGGAAGCUAUCAACUCAUUGGUAGCCGAUGACGUAAUUAGUCAAGUACAAACAAAUGAAGCAUUAGAAGAGCAGAAGUGGUCGCGUCGGUUUGCCAAAUCCUUGGAGGAUGAUGACGAGGAGGCGGAUAGGCCAGAUCCGAUGCGACAUAUCAAGUAUAGGGUUACGAAGAGCCCAGAAGCAGACGCUGAAAGGCGUCGACUUCUGCUAACAAUUCGACCACUUUUGGAAGCAUACACGAUGACAUGCAAAUGCCUCAGUAGCGGACCUCAGAAGCAAAUCGUCACUACAACUCUGAACACACUUACGGAAGAGUUCACGCAAAAUAGAAUGCCAUAUGGAGAAGCUGUCUCUACGGACGCGAUUAGAAAUUGCCACAAGUUGUUGCGGCAGUGGGGUGUUAUUGAAAUGUAUUCAGAGAAUCGAGAAAGGAAAAUAAGGAUAUGUUCACCAUAUGAAAAUAAACAGAGUUUAGACGAUGUAUGCGCUAACGUGUAUAAGUUUAAUAUGAACACGCCCCUAUUAACUGAAAUAGUUAAUGUGAAGUGA